AUGGCUAUUCAGACGGCAGUUUAUUUGUGCCAUCCUAUUCCGACUGCAGCAGUCUCACCAGAUCCGUCAUCUGAGGACUCUGGGCUUUGGUCACCGCUCUGCUGUACACUCAUUUAUACCCCGAACACUGCAAUUCUUGUGGAUUGCCCUGCGAGCGUCAACGCGACAAAUGAAUUAGCAUCUUGGCUCAAAUCAACUCUACCGCCCGGGUGUACUUUGAAGUACUUUAUCGCAUCGCACGCCCAUGGAGACCACUUCCUCGGCAUCCCAAUUUUGAAGGCCGCAUUCCCAAGUAUCACGCCUACCAGCACCGAGAGUGUUGUUGAGGGGAUAGCACAUCAGUAUUCCCCCGAGACCUACAAAGCACUCUGGGAGGCUACCUUUCCUCCCAGUGAAGCAGGCACUGGCGUACCUGAGACGAAAACUGAUUUUGUGGCCCUGCCCGCGUCAAACGAGAUAAUCCUGGACGGACAUCUUGUCAAGCUCCAUGAUGUGCCACAUGGCGACACGCAUGCCGGCUCUUUCAUUCACGUUCCGGACCUGGGACUUGUUGUCGCCGGCGACAUUGUCUACAACGGGGACUGUCACCAGUGGCUCGGCGAGGCGAGCACGCAGGAAAAAAGAGACAAAUGGGUAGAGGCUCUGUCGCAGAUUGAGGCUUUGAAACCCAGGGUUGUUGUUCCCGGACACACAUUCAAGCCUACGGUGGAACCUAAUGAGGCCAUUGCACAGUCUAUGUUGAACAGUACGAGGAAGUACAUCAAGGCCUUUGAGGAGGAACUUGAGAAAGCGCAAAGUGAGGUGGAUCUGUUCAAAGUUAUGAAAUCUCGCUUCCCAAGGUGGAAUCUCUGGAUUUUGAGUGGCGGGUGCCGCGCUGGAAUCAUGUCCAAACAGUCUCCAGCUUCCUCGGAGCACCUAUGA